AUGGCCACGCAAUUCAACCCAAAUAUAAUAUACGCCGAUCUCCCCAAGGUUCCCUCUUUGGCAAAGGCCCACGGCAUACUCAUGGGUAUUGCCUUUGCUGUAAUCCUCCCCCUCGGCAGUCUGCUUGUUCGAGUCCCCAAUGUCAAAUAUGGUGUCUGGAUACACGCAGGUUGGCAGCUCGUCGGCUGGGUAUUCAUGAUUGCUGGCCUGGUGAUGGGUAUUCGUAUGGGACAUAUUCUAGAUAGGCUUCACAACAACGCACACACCAUUCUGGGAACCAUUGUGGUCGUGGCGCUGCUAAUCCAGCCAUUCCUGGGAUACAUUCACCACCGACGCUUCAUGAAAACGCAGCGAAAGGGGGUGUGGACUCGUAUCCACGUAUACUAUGGGCGAGUUCUGCUCAUUCUGGGGAUAAUAAAUGGCGGUUUAGGAUUGAAGCUUGCGUCUGACUCUCCGGCGUAUAGUCGUGCUGGGGGCAUAGCUUAUUCAGUCGUGGCCGGGUUGGCAGGUUUGGUAUUACUCUUGGCCAUGGUGUUGGCCUUUAAGCAGUCUGGAAGAUCUGAAAAGUCUGAACGUGAUACCUCUACAAGCUAG